AAUGCACUAAAAUUUGCCAACAACUUCCCAGGAAGCGUUUAUUACCGACCGCUGCCAACAUGGACAUAAACAGCAAACCAGAGUCUCACGAAUUACAUCUGAUUCACUGAAUUCAUAUUUGCAUUUAUAUGAAGAAAAACACCGUGUUCUAUAUCGCAAUCUUCACUAGAGCUCGUGACUGUUUACGUUGUUUACUUAGCGCCGCAGCUAAGCUAAGCUAGCAGUGUUUGUGAUGUGAGCUGGUCAAUAAUAGUCUGUAAUCGAGGAUGUACACUUUAUUAUCGGGUCUGUACAAAUAUGUGUUCCAGAAGGACGAGUACUGCGUCCUUAUCCUCGGUUUGGACAAUGCAGGGAAGACGACCUUUCUGGAACAAACAAAAACAAAAUUCAGUAAAAACUACAAGGGGAUGAACCUCUCGAAGAUCACAACUACAGUUGGCCUCAACAUCGGCACCAUCGAUGUGGGAAAAGCUCGUCUGAUGUUUUGGGAUCUUGGAGGACAAGAAGAACUACAGUCAUUGUGGGACAAGUACUAUGCAGAGUCUCACGGCGUGAUCUACGUCAUUGACUCCACUGAUGAGGAGCGCUUGGCCGAGUCGAAGGAGGCUUUCGAGAAGAUGAUCAGCAGUGAAGUUCUGGAAGGAGUUCCUCUUCUCGUACUGGCAAACAAACAAGACGUUGAGAACUGUCUGUCUGUCCCGGACAUUAAGACGGCGUUCAGCGACUGCGCUCCUAAGAUCGGGAAGCGAGACUGUCUGGUGCAGCCGUGCUGUGCUCUGUCCGGGCAGGGAGUGAACGACGGCAUUGAAUGGAUGGUCAAAUGUGUGAUCCGGAACAUUCACCGUCCUCCCAGACAAAAGGACAUCACAUAGAACAUCAUCUCUCUCUGUGUGUGUGUGUGUGUGUGUGUGUGUGUAGGGAUUCUGUAAAUGCAUAGAGGAUGCAGUGUUUCUGAGGACGUGUAAGUUAUGAUAUUAUAUUGUCACCUCAUGUUUGAUAUCUAUGCUGUGUGACAUUGUAGAUAUUUAUACGCUGAUCUCUGAUGAGUUUUAAGUUUCUCUGGUAACCUUUUUUUUUUAAUCAAUCGCUACUAAAAUAAUGAAGACGUUCGUCAUAUAUAAUUUCAAGAGGUGUUGUUUUUGACACUCACAAUCUUAGUUCAAUUAUCUAAUAAACAGCAGAGAUGGAAAACACA